GGGACCUUCCGCUACCAUCCUACGCCCUGCAAACUAGCCUCCGGUCGCGGGUGUGCGUCGGGAAAAGUGGUCCGGGCAGCACUCAACCACCAAAGCAGUUCCUGUUGAGACGCGCGCGCGCGCCUUAAGAGUUGAUUUGUGAGAUGCUCCUCGCGUUGGAGGAGGAACCAACGUUCCUCGAUAGAUAGACAGACAGACAGACUUUAUUAAAUAAGAAACACGAAGUUGUGCAAUGGAAUGGAAUAGACUCCAGCCUCAGACUGCAGUGGGGCUUCUGGGGGGCGGUGGCAGCCGGGGGCUGAGGUGGGCCACUGGAAACCCCACCUCCUCCAGAGAAGUUGUGGUGAGAACCUCCGCCGGCAGCUCCGCCACACCACAUCAGCGGCUGCGGAGCCCGCACCAUGGAGCUGCUCGGCGCCCUCGCGCUCCUCUGCCUGCUGCAGUCGUGCACCUCGGAGCUGGAGGCUCGCGGGCACCUGGAGCCCUCGGACUCCCUGUUCGACUCCGCGGUGGAAGCCUACUACAGGGGCGAGUGGCUCUCCGUCAUCCUCAACAUGGAGAAGGCGCUGCGGAACAAAGCCGCCGUCCGCCGAGUCAAGGCUCAGUGCCGGAUCUCGUGCGCCAACCGCACCGCCUUCGGGCUGCCGCUGGCCGGCCUCGGGGUGCCCGUCCCCGGGGCAGGGUCGGUGGAGGACCUGGCCUUCUUCCAGAAGGUCAUCCAGCGAGCCGAGUGCGUCAAGUCCUGCGAGUGGGAGAAGCUGGGCUCGCCCACGAUGCACCUCUACAGCGACCAGGUCGAGUUGGAGUUCAAGAAGCGGACGCCCUAUAACUACCUCCAAGUGGCCUACUUCAAGAUCAACCGGCUGGACAAGGCGGUGGCCGCAGCAAACACUUUCUUCCAGGCCAACCCCGACCACGUGGAGAUGAAGCAGAACCUGGACUACUACAGGAUGAUGGCGGGCGUUCAGGAGGAAGACUUCAAAGACCUGGAGGCUCCGGCGCACAUGGCUGAAUUCCUCCUGGGGAAGAGCUUCUACAGCGACGACUCCUUCGGCCUGGCAGCGGAGCACUUUGAAGCGGCGCUGGUCCAGUACCAGGCUGCUGAGCAGGAGUGCCGGGUGCUGUGUGAGGGCACCUACAACUACGACGGAGACGGCUACAUGCAGUACAACGCCGACCUGUUCCAGACUGUGACGGACCACUACAUGCAGGUCCUCAACUGUAAACAGCACUGCUCUGUGGAACUGGCCUCGGCUGCAGGGCGAGACAAGCCCUAUGAGGACUUCCUGCCGUCUCACUUCAACUACCUGCAGUUUUCCUACUACAACAGUGAGAAGUACGAGAAGGCCAUUGAAUGUGCCAAAACCUUCCUGCUGUUCCACCCGGAUGAUGAAGUGAUGAAGCAAAACCUGGCCUAUUAUUCCGCCGUCCUGGGAGAAGACAAGGCGGCAGACAUUCCAGCCAGACAGGAUAUGAAGCAGUUGAUUCGACAGUCCAUCCUGGAGAAGGAGCUGCUUUAUUUUGGAUACGAAAUGUUUGGAAUCCCAUUUGUUGAUCCGGACACAUGGACCCCGGCGGACGUGAUGCCCAAGAAGCUGCGAGACAAGCAGAGAGCCGACAGGGAAGCUGCGGCCCGGAUCACUGAGGAAAUCGGGAACCUGAUGAAGGAAAUUGAAACGCUAGUGGAGGAGAAGAAGAAGGACUCUUCAGAACUGACCAACAUGAUCAUCCCUCAGGAAGAGGCUACCGUGCUGCCUGCGGACAUCACCAUCGCCAUGACGUCCAAGCAGCUCAACGGCUCCCGCCGCGUGCUGCUGGACGGUGUGACCAGCAAUGAGGAGUGCAGGGAGCUGCUGCGCCUCUCCAACGCAGCCGCUCUGAAAGGUGAUGGCUAUAGAGGGCGCCCUUCUCCACACUCGCCCAACGAGAUGUUUCAGGGAGUCACGGUCCUGAAGGCCGUCAAGCUGGGACAGGAGGGCAAAGUGCCCCUCAAGAGCGCGCGGCUCUUCUUCGACAUGAGCGAGAAGGUGCGGAAGAUUUUGGAGUCCUACUUUGGCCUGGAAACUCCCCUCUUCUUCUCCUACUCGCACCUGGUGUGUCGCUCCGCUAUCGAGGAGAAGCAGGAGCAGCGAACAGACCUGAGCCACCCGGUCCACGUGGACAACUGCGUGCUGGUUUCAGAGGCCAACGAGUGCAUCAAAGAGCCGCCGGCCUACACCAACAGAGACUACAGCGCCAUCUUGUAUCUGAACGAAGACUUUGAGGGAGGAGAUUUCAUCUUCACGGAGCUGGAUGCCAAAACUGUGACGGCUGAGGUCAGGCCGCGCUGCGGGCGUGUGGUCGGCUUUGGCGCCGGCAAAGAGAACCCUCACGGAGUCCGGGCCGUCACGAAGGGCCAGCGCUGCGCCGUGGCUCUGUGGUUCACUCUGGAUCCUGCUCAUCAGGAGAAGGAAAGGAUCCGAGCUGAGGAAAUGCUGCGGAUGUUUGCUUCUCCUGUAAACGCUGAGUUCACCCUCAGUGCCGGGGGCAACAGCUCGGAGCAGGUGGCAGCGGAACCACCCGCACACACCGUCACGGAGGAAGCGAUUCAAGAUGACAAACCGUCAGGGGAGGCUCCCGCUGGACAACCAGGGGACUCAUCCAGCGAGAAGGCGGCGGCGACGACGUCCAGCAGCGAGAAGGCGGCGGCGGGUAAAAAGAGCUCCACCAAAACGAAGGCCAAGAAGAGCCCGGCGAAACAGAAGUCGGCAGACAAGCCUGCGGAUAAAGCCGAAACCACCACCCCGAAGAAGAAGAAGAAGAAGCAGGUCGUGGUGAAAAAAGAGUCCAAAAAAGCUUCCAAGUCAGACUCGCUAAAGAACAAAGAGGAGCUGUGAUGGAGAGAGCCGUGACUGUGAAGCCUUUUCUCUGGUGGCACCGUCACGUGCACCUCUCGUGCCCAUCACCUGUGUCCAACAAUCACUGUUUAUUUAUUGGGUCGGCAGCGGGAGACGGUGUGAGUGUUUUAGCUUUUUUUUUUUGGAAGAAAACUGGGUCACUGCGUCUGAGAGGAAUAAAAGGCUUUUGGAAAGGCGUCCUCCUGCAGUUUGUCAGAGGCGCCACUCGGUGGCAGCGUUGGACUCCGGCCCGCGUCUCGGCUCCGCGGCUUCCUGCUGCGACGUGUGUCGCCAGACUGAAUCAUUCAAAGGCCGCCUGCGCCUCUCUGGGUUCCUUUGAAGAUGUAUUUUUGUCUCCGUCUGUUUUGGGGGGAAUUGAUGUAAAGCCAGACACUGACGCGUUGUCUGCGCCGCCCACGCUGGCGCGUCACGUGACUCACAAACACCCGCGUCUCUCGCUCUCUGAGUGGAUCAAACCCCGAAGUCACGACACAUUGGAUUCUCCGCCAUGAAGACGAGACUCUCGGUCACGGGAUGACGGUGAACUGACGAGGUCUAGCCACCCGGCUGGAGGGCGCUGAGGAGGCUCGGCCAUGCAGCAGCCGUCUGGUCUCUCUGCGUGUCACAGCCGCGCGGUCCAGCAGUCACGACUGACUUACACCUGUCAUAUUGACAAACACAACCACAGGCAAACAUCCUGUUCUCAU